AUGAGCUCGUUGACAAUGAUUCAGAUUGUGCAAGGUCAACUGGUUCGUUACCUGCCACUCUUUACAACCAUUGUCGGCACAAUCGGCAAUACUCUUAAUUGUAUUAUCUUCAGUCGUCGAUCACUCCGACGCAAUUCUUGUUCAAUUUAUUUCUUCGCAUCGAGUAUAGGCAACUUCUUUGCGAUUUAUUUCGGAUGUGUCACUCGUAUCUUGGGUAGUUACUCAAUCAACCCCCCACUGACACAAAUGGCUCUCUAUUGUAAAACCAAAACGUUCCUAACGUACAUUGGUCUAGCAGGUUCUGCAUGGUUUAUUGUUGGAGCUUGUGCAGAUCGUUACGCAUCCAGUGCGUCUACUGUUCGGAUUCGUUCGUUCAGUCAAGUAAAAAAUGCACGUCGAGCUGUUGUUUUGAUUGCCAUUCUCGUCAUUUUGGUUUAUUUUCAAAUGAACUUUUGUUUUGAUGGUAAUGUUCAAUCAGCUAAUUGUUAUCCUGCUACACCAUUCUGUAAUACUUGGAAUGAUUUCAACCUACUGGUCACAUUCAGCUUAUUCCCGCCAAUACUAAUGUUGAUGUUGGGUUGGAUGACAAUACGAAACGUUCGUGUAGGUCAACACUUGCGAAGAGAGUCGAAUUUCAAAGAUCGACAGUUAACAGCGAUGCUUUUCAUUCAAGUCAUUUGCACUGGGAUACUUACUUUGCCCAUUUCAGUACAGAAAAUUUAUUCGGAAAUGACUUUGCAUCAAAACAAAACGGUUGCGGCGCAACAAAUAGAAAGUUUCUUUGCAACAUUCGUGGUUUUAUUAGCGUUGCUCAAUACUUCCACAUCGUUUUAUUUAUUUACAUUGACGGGAAAAGUUUUUCGAAAAGAAUUGAAACAACUCUUUUGUACGAAACUACGGCAAACAACUGUGGAACCAACAGCAACAUUGAUGAAAAUGACAAAUAGAAAAAGUGUUUUCCAAAUAGAAAAACAUUAA